CAGGUUGGACACGCCCUUUCCCACACUCUCUCUCUCUUACACACACACUCUCUCUCUCAUACACACACACACACACACAGGUGUAACGCUGCUGUCGCGUUUCAUCUUUGCAGUAAACUUUUUCCGAGGAGGAUUUUUUUUUAGCAGUACUCCGUUGCAGUUUUCUUUUUACGAGAGCUGAUUUUGUUCAGUUUCAGUUCAAUAACCGACUGAUGGAAAGGUCGUCCUGCUGAUGGGGGCACCUGGCGCCAUGUCCGCCCGGAGAAACCUGCGAGCUUCAGUCAGAUAACAACCGAUUUCACCUGUAAAGAGGACACACAGCCUCCUCUACUAAUGGCCUUCUUCAGGCAACUGCAACUCCUUCUCUGGAAGAAUUGGCUGAGAAUCAUCAGACAGCCACUGUGGUCGCUGACUCUAAUCGUCUGGCCACUGAUCAUCUUCAUCAUCAUUGCCGUGACCCGCAACCAGUUCCCUCCAGUCGUGAAAGAAACAUGUUAUGUGGGACCACGAAACCUCCCCAGCACCGGCUUCUUCCCUUUCCUGCAGACGCUCAUGUGCAACACGGACAGCACCUGUCAUAACAAGUCGCGCCUGGUGGACCCGUCUGCAUCGAGGUCGUCUCGCAGAUCCACAAGGAGUGCAAGCUCGGACUCCCCGGGGGAUUCCCCGCUACAAGACUUGAUUAAGGGGGAUUUCAGGCUUGAUCUCCCAGAGGACUCGAGCAAUGAUCUUGCGGCACUGAUGGAGGUCUUGAAAAACAUGAUGGGUCCGUCUCAGCAGGGGAGGCCCAGUAAUGUCUCUUUCACCAACGGAUCCACUCCCACUUCCCUUGAAGAUCAGGAGACCUUGAGGCAACUGCUGGAGUCAGUGAGUGUGGUGAAAAGGGCCGUCUGCACUCUGAUGCUGCCGAUGAUAAACACAACUUCACCAGACCCACUCUCCUCUGUUGUGGUCAACUUCUGCAAGUCCAACAACACUGUGGUCGAGGCCUCGCUCCAAACCCUCAAUGAGAUCCUGACCCAGAUGAUGCUGACAAAACCCGAUGAGAUGGCGACGGCGGCUGGUUUUGCGAUGUUGGUGAUCAAUCAGUUGCAAAACGAGACCCCGCUGUGGGACACGCUGCUCGCCAUCCCCCGGCUCUUCUCUUCUGGUUCUGUUGACCAAGUGCUGCGCAGCACUGAGGUCCUACUUACCAGCAUACAGGGUGCUAUAGAUGUCAUCAAGAGCAAUUUUCCUGAAGCUGGAGCCUCGCUCUCCAUGGUGAGGCCAGUUCUUGUUGGAGGCAUCAGUCUGCUCCAAUAUGUUCAAAACUGGCCUGGCAAAGCUGUGUCCAUUACCAUUGGAGACGUUGUCACGUUGCAGAAUGACUCAGUGAGUGAAAUGGUGAAACAAGUUCUACAAAAUGUCGAGAUACCACUGGACAAGGCUAUCGCCCUGACAUUAGAUAAAGAUAUGGUGCGUGGCCACAUGUGUGACAACAGCAGCAAACCGUUAUGGCUAACAGCAGCGUGCAGCACAGGCACGUUGGAUAUGGUUCUGGGCUGGAUCUCCCCCGACCUGGUGGCAAGACAGGCUCUCCUGGCGUGGAGUAAGGAUGUUGCUCAUCGUGAUCUGUCCUUCGCCAAAGGGCUACUGCACAGUCUGAUGGGAGCUCCAUCCCCAGGAGGACAGGGAGGCUCCAACAUGACAAAGACCACACGUAGCGUGGAUACACAACCCCAAAACACUGAAGAGGAUCUGUUUUUGCAUGUCGGUCAAGUGACGUUGGAGGUGAUAAAAAUGGUACCUGAGGUGGACAUGGUCGUCCAGUGCAUCCUCAGGACCAGCUUUCUGUCCAUGCAGUCGGCAUCACUGACCUUUGAUACUGUUGAAGGAAUGAUGACAAACGUCCUUGAAGAUGCCGAUCAACUCCAAGGGACUUACUUCACGUUGCUGACAAAUCAGUCUGAGGCGAGCGCUUGGACCGGUCGAGUCCUGGAGAGUGUGAUGGAAGUCAUAAUGAAGAGUCUGACAUCUGGGAAUUUAACCUGCGGGGGUGUCUUGGGUCCCUUCGAGUGGCUCCUCAACACAAGCAGCGUUAGUAUCGAGGUGUGGAGAUCAAUGAUCUGCCAGAACAGCACCUCUCUUCAGGAUGCACUGGUGAUGGACUGGAUGCCAGUGGCUCAGAAGGUUCAAGAAGUGUACGACACCAUCCUGGUCAAAGCAAACUACAGCGUAACACCUCCCAUGAUUCUGUCUGAAUGGCAUAAGUUGUACAAUAAGAGCCUUCAGUUUGCCAGGCUUAUGGAAAAAGUGUCCACAGAGCUGGGUGAGGCGCACUGGAUGAACUGGAUGCCAGACAACAGCACCCAUGACAUCACUGGGACUCUUCAACACAGUGCUUUCCUGUCCAUGGUGGGUUUCGGAAACAACAUAGAAAAGAGUCCACUGUGGCCUGUUGUAAAAGACUAUUUCCACAUGGCUUACUGGAUUUUGAACUACAGGCCCGGUGUCACAGUUCAGCCAGCAAACUGUUCUGUUAACAUCUCCAACUUAGCAGUUCAGUGUGAUACUGGUUUGGACUGGUCGGUGUUUGUUCAAGCAGCGACUCAGGCCCUGAUGUCACCCAACCAAGACGUUCUGCUGAACUGUCUCAAAGGAAGUGUGAAUCUGUUGCAGCACGUAUAUGGUGAUGUCUAUAAACAUCUGGUCGGAUCGUACUUGAAGCAAGGAAUCCAAGGCGGAGAUGCGCUCUCUGCCUACAUGAUCAACCUUAUGAAUAACCUCGAUGGAGUUGUUCUGACCAUCUCCAGACUUUCCAACCAAAACAUCUCUAACCCUGACGUCAUGCUUCCUUUGAUUGGUAACCUGUUACAGUCCACAGGUCUGGCUCCACUGCUGCCUCUGUUCACCAGUGAUGGUCCCCUCAAUGUGUCCACAGUAAUUGAGGUGGCUUCAAAGCUUGGCAGGCUCAACCAACACAUUUUCACCUUCAGUGAGACAGACCCAACAAUGCCUGAUCUGGAACGGUUGAUAAUGCAUUUCCUCUCCUUAGAGGGUAACCUCACCAUGUCUCUCUCCAACAUCAUGGGACACAGUCUGCUUACCUAUUCGAACUACUUCCACCCUGACGAUAUCGCCCGUUUCAGAGAAGCCAUAAAGCCUUUCACCAACCAGACCUCAGCAGGCAUUGUAGAGGCCAUCCUUAGUGCCAUGGAGCUACUAAAAAAAGUGAUGGAUUCUCCAAACGGUGACGCAACUAACAUCAUUCUUGGGUACACACGCCAGCUUCAAGAAUUUGUGAAGUCUCUGUAUCGGUUGCGGAAAAUCCAACAUCUCACAUUACCAACUGGGGAACUUGGGGCAAAUGUCUCUGACCUCCAUGGGGUUUCCAAGGACUUUCUCAACCUCCUCAACCCAGAGGUGCUCAUGAACCUGACUCAGGCUGGACCAGAUGCUGCCCAGGACAUUGUGACAGAGAAAUUUGUGGCAUUCCUACCACCUGAGGUCCAACAGGAUGCUAAGCGCUUUCUUAAAGAUUUUAAAGCUCUGCAGCAUCACAUAGCCACAUGUGCAGCAGGUGAAAACUGUCUGGCUGGAAUCUCAGAAAUCUUCACCUUCCUUGAUCAGAUCUCAGACUUGAUGCUUUCAGCUGAUGUUAAUGUCACCAUCAAAUUAGCUGUGACCAACUCUAUUCUAGUUGGACGUCAGUAUGAAGAACUUACAUCACUGUUCUUCUCACUCCUCCUGCCACCAAAUGAUGCAGCGUAUGUGAAAACAUUCAAACAGACUCUUCAUUUCAUCAGACUGCUCAUGGCUAGACCAAACAUCACUGUAUCUGAUGUCCAGAAUGCUCUAAGACAGUCCAACCUGACCCUUGAGGAGCUUGACCAAAUUGCUGAACUAGCUGGAGCUGCCAACAUAAACGACCUGAUGAUGAAUAUAAUGGCGAUUAUCAAUGCUCGCCAGUGUUUUGAACCACAGCACAACCCACUUAUGACAGCACAGUGUGUUCAGAGAUUGAUAAAUGGAGUCAGCGGCUUCCUGACAAACGUACCUGCUCUACGUAAUGCAACAGCCAUCCUCUCCCUCGUCCCGGUAAUUGCCAAUAACACUAUCAGCGAUGUCCUCAUGGUUAACUUCAACUCUGAUCCUCAAAUGGCUGUCGUACACACCCUGAACAGCACCCUGGCCAAUGUCAAGAAGAGCCUGCAGAUGGUCCACCUGAACACACCGGAGAUCAUGACUGAAAUCAAAGUGCUGGAGGGUCUGAUACAACUAGCUGCCAACCCAGAACCAUUUAGCAAUUUGAACACAACCUUGAUGAUGAACCCCACACAUGCUCAGAAAGUCUAUCUGCAGAUUAUAAAUUUCUACUUGACAAGGCUGGCAAAUAUCACCAGUACCAGCUCAGUCUCAGAGCUCCUCAAUGACUUUCUCUCCCUGACACAAAUGCAAGUGGCAUUACAGCUGGCACAGACAGAUUUCACUUUAUUCGUGAGCAGUCAGGUCGAGCUCCUCAUGAACAGCCUCCAGUACCCAAUAGAUGGUGCAGGAGUCAUUAAAAUUGGUGAGACGGCUGUCAACAUUCUCUGGCGACAGUUUGACCUCAUAAAAGUCAACAUAGAGGCUGUGAAUUAUGGUCCUACACCGAUUUGCAAUACAACCAUUCUGAAUAUCACUGAAAUCCAAGUUAAGCAGUACCUCAGCCUGAUAAAGAAGUGGAUGAAACAACCAAAUGUCCCUUUGAUCAUCACUAGCAUGCUCCAAUGGGGCAACACUUCCAUGAAUAUCUCAGCCCCUGUGACAGACUUCCAGCACCUGCUGCAGACGAUGGUUAAUUUCCUCAGUGGCGAUCAAAUGGCUUACCUCUCCAUCAUUGGCAAUAUCACCCAGUCCCUGAGCAAAACCCUAAUUGUGGCAGAGCAACCAGGUGGUCUACAGAGUGAACAGUUCUUAGACGGCAUCAUGGAAGCAGUCCAAAGUCUAAUGCAGAACCUGGUCUCAGAACCCCCGUCACACACUUUACUGCAGGACAUCCGGGAAGUUGUAGAGGACCUAAUUGAACUCAUUGUUCAAGAGGACAUGAGUGUUGCCUCAUCACGCAACAUCUCCCUCAGCAUCCUCAAGAAGGCUGGUCCCAUCAUCCAACAGACGGUACCAGAACCUGUCACUCCAUACUUUCUUGCUGGACUCAAAGUAGGAACCACAUACUUUGUGACCAUCUCUGAAGCCGUUGGACCAGACACUGUGAAUCAGUUAAUUCUGAAUCAGAUGGAGACACUCAAGAGCCUCCUGCCACCAAACAGCACCACCCAGGCCUACAUCUCCGUCUUCAUUAACAUCACUCACUUUAUCUUGGAUUCUGGCCAAGGCAACAUGAGUCCCUGGGCAACUUUUCAGAAUGCAUCAGCAGAAAAUUGGCCUUUGAUUAUUAGCAAGAUUGGCCAGCACCUCUCAGGUGCCAUCAUGGAAGCAGUCCAACGUGUGAUGCAGAUCCUGGACUUGGACCCCCCGUCACUCAUGGUACAGAAGGACAUCCAGGCAAUUGUGGAUGACUUAUUGAAACUCAUUGGCCAAUCAGACAUGAGUGCUCCCUCAUCCCGCAACAUCUCCCUCCACAUCCUGAAGAGGGCCGAAAGAGUCAUCCAACAGUUGGUACCAGAAAUGUUUGCUGAAUACCUGCUUCCUGCACUCAGAGCAGCAACCACAUACUUUGAGACCACCUCCACAGUCGUUGGACCAGACACUGUCAAUCAGUUAAUUCUGAAUCAGAUGGAGACACUCAAGAGCCUCCUGCCACCAAACAGCACCGCCCAGGCCUACAUCUCCGUCUUCAUUAACAUCACUCACUUCAUCUUGGAUUCUGGCCAAGGCAACAUGAGUCCCUGGGCAACUUUUCAGAAUGCAUCAGCAGAAAAUUGGCCUUUGAUUAUUAGCAAGAUUGGCCAACACCUCUCAGGUGCCAUCAUGGAAGCAGUCCAACGUGUGAUGCAGAUCAUGGACUUGGACCCCCCGUCACUCAUGGUACAGAAGGACAUCCAGGCAAUUGUGGAUGACUUAUUGAAACUCGUUGGCCAACCAGACAUGAGUGCUCCCUCAUCCCGCAACAUCUCCCUCCACAUCCUGAAGAGGGCCGAAAGAGUCAUCCAACAGUUGGUACCAGAAAUGUUUGCUGAAUACCUGCUUCCUGCACUCAGAGCAGCAACCACAUACUUUGAGACCACCUCCACAGUCGUUGGACCAGACACUGUCAAUCAGUUAAUUCUGAAUCAGAUGGAGACACUCAAGAGCCUCCUGCCACCAAACAGCACCGCCCAGGCCUACAUCUCCGUCUUCAUUAACAUCACUCACUUCAUCUUGGAUUCUGGCCAAGGCAACAUGAGUCCCUGGGCAACUUUUCAGAAUGCAUCAGCAGAAAAUUGGCCUUUGAUUAUUAGCAAGAUUGGCCAGCACCUCUCAGGUGCCAUCAUGGAAGCAGUCCAACGUGUGAUGCAGAUCAUGGACUUGGACCCCCCGUCACUCAUGGUACAGAAGGACAUCCAGGCAAUUGUGGAUGACUUAUUGAAACUCGUUGGCCAACCAGACAUGAGUGCUCCCUCAUCCCGCAACAUCUCCCUCCACAUCCUGAAGAGGGCCGAAAGAGUCAUCCAACAGUUGGUACCAGAAAUGUUUGCUGAAUACCUGCUUCCUGCACUCAGAGCAGCAACCACAUACUUUGAGACCACCUCCACAGUUGUUGGACCAGACACUGUCAAUCAGUUAAUUCUGAAUCAGAUGGAGACACUCAAGAGCCUCCUGCCACCAAACAGCACCGCCCAGGCCUACAUCUCCGUCUUCAUUAACAUCACUCACUUCAUCUUGGAUUCUGGCCAAGGCAGCAUGAGUCUCUGGGCAACUUUUGAGAAGGCAUCAGCAGAAGAUUUGCCCGUAAUGUUAGGCAAGAUGAGCAAACUCUUGAGCAUGCUUUGGCCACUUAUCAUGGGAGGCUCGGGCUCACAUACGACUGCUCCAUCUCUGGAGGGCUUUGCUCAUCUUGCUCCAGUCCUGGAGCAGCUGAUGACUGGGGAGGCAGACCAGGACACAUGGGAGAAACUUGAAAAGAUACUAGAAACCCUACUGUCAACCAUCAGAGGGACAGAGCUUUGGAAUAGUGUCACAGCUGUUACCCCAGUGUUUGAAAAAGUCAUAGGAAGUGAGGUGAAGAACACGCAAGCAAUGACCGAGUUGAUACUCAGCCUUCAGAUGCCACUGGCAACCCUGAUGACAGAAAUGGCGCAGGCUGUGAACAGCAGUCGUUUCAACUUGACUGAGGUCUUGGAAAGAAUGCAGCGGGCCGUUGAACGCACCUUGCAGGCAGCUGAGCAGGGUAAUGGCACAUUGACGUGCGGUGGAGUUCUCCAAAUAUGGGAGCCAGUAAGAGAGGCAGCGGGUUUAAACCAAGACGCCAUGGCUAUGUGGUGCAGCGUCAGCCUGCAUCCUCUUCUUGAGGCCUACGGUGCAUCUCAGCGUGUCUACGCUCACAUGAACAUGAGUCAUAUGGGUGGGGGACCAAUGACUGUGAACGCCACAGCUGCAACGAUUGUCAAGACCGUACGGUCUCUCUACCAAGUCAACGUUAACCGCACACACAUGAUGGAGCAGCUUGUCAUGGGUUUCUUCAGCCAGCUCUCUAAACUAACAGGCCAGCCUCUGAACUAUGAGACACAGCAUCACUGGCUCAAACAGCUCCAGGCCAUGCAGCUGCAAUACAGUUUGUUAUCCCUGAGAAUGCUCACAGAUGAGCUGCUCGACGUGGCCCCGUUCCUAGAACGGCACAUUAAAGCUGUGGAGAAAGCACUGGGUCACAUCCUGAAAAACUACGAUCUCACUGAAGACAGCGUUUUACCCCAGAAGCUCUUUGAGGAAGCAGCAAUGAUUUACCUCUCCUCUGCGAACAUCACCUUGAACAACAUGUUGUCCGUGAUGUGGGGAAACUUUUCUGGACUUGAUGAAACAUCUGUUACUGGCAUGAUGAGGGAAGCUGUCAAACUGAUGAUGCACAUGGAGAUACUUGACAGUGAGACUAUGGUUUACGAAGCCUUGGAGGAGUUUCUGGCAUCCAGUGACACAAGCUUAAUUGUGCAGAGGGUGAUCCAGGUGACUGAAUGGUUGGGAACCACGCAAGCGUCUGGUCUGGACCUGCUGACUCAGGCUCUGCCCAAAGUCUUCGACAUCCUCAGGCCUCUGUUGUCUUUAUUGUCCCAGAUGGGUGUGGACAUGGGAGAAAGCAUGGAGCUGUUUGAAGACUUGACUGGAAACACACUUGCAAUGCUGAGGCAGUUGGUAAGCACCAGUGGUCUCCUGAGCCCCAUGGACCAUCUGAGUAUGCAGGAAAUGAUGGGCGGUAACCAUACGAUGAGAAGCAGACACAGACGCGAAGCCCCAAUCAUGCCAAUGAGGAGCCCCAUGGAUGACUUCGUAGACCUGUUCUACAUUGACUACCCCGCCAUGUUCAGAGCCAUCUCCGUCUCUCCGACCACGGAAGAGAUUAUGGAGACAGUCCACGUGUUCUUUGCCAAUCCUGAUCUGAACGUUGUGAUAAAAGGAGCCACGGGAGGCAUGCCGUGGGGGAUGAAUGUCUCUCGAGAAGAGACCGUGGACGCUGGCCUUGGAAUGCUCUCCUUCCUCACUCUACCUACUGCAGUUCAGAUGUCAUCAAUGGAUCUCCUCGCGAAUUCUGCUGACUUGCUUCCAGACAGCUUUCCAUUCUCCUCAACGAUCAGGAAAAUGACAAAAGCCAUUGCCAGUGAGUCACAAGAGAACCUGAUCCUCAUGCAAAGGACCAUCGGAACAGUCAUGGAGCUCCUCAAGAUCAACCCGACAGACCCGCAAUUCACAAGGCAACUUGGCCUCCUGAGAACCCAGGUGUGCACCUUGGAGGACACAGAGACUGUGCGUCUGUUGAUGGAGGCCCUCCCCUUGGAGCCUGGUCAGCUCUGUCACAUUUUUCUACCCAGCAUGCAGACCAUGGUUGAGAGCCUGGUGGUGAACAUGACCUCCCUGAUAGACGCCAUCUUUGUGGCCGUCAUCGGAGACCCCAUUGCCUACAAUGUCCAGUCAACCUGGACCUCUGUGCUGACUCAAGAUUUGAACAUCAACACAAACAGCUUGAGAUCUCUCAAUAUUAACAUCACCUCACCAGCCGCUGUGACAGUCGGGGAGAUGCUGAGGAAUAAAACAGCCUUCCUCGCAGAUGUUCAGCGACACACAGACUUUGAUUUAGCUGAUCUGGACCGCCUGAUGAAAACCACUCUACCGAACAACAAUUUAGUGAUACUCUCCUGGUUGGUCAACCUGCGUCACUGCGGCUCCACAGAAUCCACAGACGUGAACGAGACAGAUGUGACCAAGAUGUUCUGCUCCAUGUCCCCUGAGCAGUGGUACAGUUUCUCCCUGCUGAUGGCGCGCCACGUCAACAUGGAGAACCUGGUGUACAGAAUGGUGUUGUCUGAAGAGCUGCAGAGUUUCGUGGGAGUCAUGCUUCAGAUGGCCAAGGUCAUCACCAACAUGAUGAACAAGUUCCUUCCUGCCAUUAGUCAGCUGCAAGGCUACCUGCUCUCCAUGAACGACCUCAACCUGGUGGCAAACAACGAGUUUAGCGAAAUGACGAGAGGACAGAGGUCCGGCAUCUCUAGCAAAGCCACAUUCGUCACCCUCUCUCGAGCGUUGUGCAGGCACGGUAUCCUGGCUCUGUUUGGAAUCUCCAAACUUCCCAUCGCGUCGGACUCCAGCCCCUCCAUCAAAGAAGAGCAGCAGAGGGAGGAGAUGAUUGAGAGGUUCAAGAUUCCACGAAAUGCCACUCCCUUCUGUCAGAACAUGUACCUGGACAUGGUCAACACCACAGGUGGAGCCAUCGCCUGGGCUUUCCUCAAACCGAUGCUGAUGGGACAAAUUCUGUACACUCCUGACACACCUGUCACCAGGGCCAUCAUGGAGAAGGCCAACACGACCUUGCAGGAGUUUGCAAAUCUCAGGAAGCAUUCUGAGGAGUGGAUCGAGUCCUCCAGCUACGUCCUAAACUCGGCCCAACUGCUCAGCCACACGCUGCCGAUGCUGCAGAAUUCCCUCGGCAAUUCCUUUGUGAGGAACUUCAUUGAGAUGCAGACAGACAUCAAUGUCGGCAAAAUGAAGGAGACGCUCAGCAGCUUCUCUAACGUGACGGAGAUGCUGGAGAAGAACAAGAACAUCCUGAAACAGAUCACCACCUUGUCCACCCUGAUGGUCGACCUCUCCUCCUGCAUCACGUUCGACCGCUACCGUGGUUACGACUCCGCCGAGCAGCUCGACAACACGGCUCAAGAAUUAGCCAAAAACCGCGACCUCUACGCAAGUGUCAUCUUCAAGCUCCCCAAAGAUGACGGCGACGGCGACAACGAUGACAGCGACCACGACGACUCCUCGUCCAGGAAGCGUCAGGCCAGGUCCUCCUCCUCCGUGUCCUCCCUGCCUCCCAAAGUCAGCUACACCAUCCGCAUGCACAUGGACAACGUCAUGCGUACCGACAGAGUCCGGAACCCCUAUUUCGUGAAGGACAACCACAUCUCGAGCAGCAUGACCAUGCGCUACAACCGGGGCUUCGUCUACCUGCAGGAGAGCAUCGAUCGGGCCAUCAUCGAGACCCAGACUGGACAGAGAGUCACGGAGCCGGCCGUCCAGCUGCAGCCCUUCCCCUAUCCGUGCCACCUGCGGGAUGAGUAUCUGGAGGCCAUCUCUUUUGUUUUCCCUCUCAUGCUGAUGAUGGCCUGGGUUCUGUUUGUGGCUGAUUUUGUGAAGAAGCUGGUGCACGAGAGAGAGCUGAGGCUGCACGAGUACAUGAAAAUGAUGGGAGUCAACCCGCUCAGCCACUUCUUCGCUUGGUUCUUCGAGUGCGCCACCUACCUCACCUUGACCAUCGUCAUCCUCACGUUGAUCCUGAAGCACGGCGGCAUCCUGCCCCACAGUGACGGCUUCCUGCUCUUCUUGUACCUCUGCGACUACGGUUUGAGCAUCCUGGCCUUCAGCUACCUGGUCAGCUCCUUCUUCGACAAGACCUACAUCGCCGGGCUCAGUGGCAGCCUCAUUUACAUCCUCUGCUUCUUCCCCUUCAUUGUGGUCAUGGCGGUGGAGACGAAGCUCACCUUUUCCCAGAAGAGUGUCCUGAGUUUGUUUUCCCCGACCUGUUUCAGUUAUGCCAGUCAAUAUGUCUCUCGCUACGAGGCCCAAGGAGAAGGCAUUCAUUGGAGCAACUCAUACAGCUCGCCCGUUUCUGGAGACACAGCCUCGUUCGGUUGGCUCUGCUGGCUGAUGCUCAUCGACUCGCUCCUCUACUUCAUCAUCGGGGCUUACAUCCGCAAGGUUUUCCCAGGAAACUACGGCAUCCCUGCCCCAUGGUACUUCCCCUUCAAAGCCUCCUUCUGGACCGACAUGUGCUGUUGCGUUAAAUCUAACUUUAAGGCGGGCAGAGGACUCCUCUUCACCAACAUCAUGCAGAACAACCAGCCCGUCUUCCCCGACGACAAGGGGAAAGGUCAGAGCGCUCUUUCCUCCCAGGUCGGUGAGAACUUCUCAAAGCUCCCAGUUGGCGUUUCCCUCCACGGUCUCAGCAAGAUGUACGGUGACAGAGUGGCAAUUCAAAACCUAAAUGUCUCCUUCUACGAGGGCCAUGUCACCUCACUGCUCGGUCACAACGGAGCCGGCAAGACCACCACCAUGUCUCUCCUGACUGGCCUAUAUGCCCCAUCUUCGGGCGGCAUUGAGGUGUAUGGCAGAGACAUGCAGACGAACAUCGAUGACGUCCGCAAAGAACUGGGGGUGUGCAUGCAGUACGACGUCCUCUUCGACCACAUGACCGCCAAGGAGCACCUGCUGCUGUACGGCCAGAUCAAGGCGCCGCAGUGGUCACGCAGGGAACUGAGCGAACAAAUCCGCACGAUCUUAGAGGAGACAGGGAUGUACGCUCACAGACACAAGCGGGUGGGCACCCUGUCGGGCGGCAUGAAGCGCAAGCUGUCAAUCUCCAUCGCCUUCAUAGGGGGCUCUCGCUUGGUGGUUCUAGAUGAACCCACCACAGGAGUUGAUCCCUGCUCCAGGCGUAGCAUCUGGGACAUUGUUAUCCAGCACAAGAAGAAUCGCACCAUCAUCAUGUCCACCCACCACCUGGAUGAGGCUGAAGUAUUGAGCGACCGCAUCGCCUUCCUGGAGAGAGGAGGCUUAAAAUGCUGUGGUUCCCCCCUCUACCUGAAAGACAAGCUGGGCCAAGGCUACAAACUGACUCUCACCAAGAAGAUGCCGAACCCUGAAUCUGAGCCGAUUGACAACGCUGAACUGAAAUCUUUCAUCCAAGCUCAUGUACCUGAAGCUCGACUGAAGGAGGCCCAGGGGGGCGACCUGGUCUACUCUCUGCCCCCCUUCGGCUCAUCUAACGCCUCCUCAUAUCGCUCCCUCCUGACCGCGCUGGACUCCAACCUAGACGCCUUGCAGCUGGGGGGUUACGGCAUCUCUGACACCACCCUCGAGGAGGUGUUCCUCCAACUGACUCACAACAACACAGAAGCUGGGCCUGAGGACGGCCUCCCGACCAUCUCGGAGACGGUUUGUGACACUGCAUCCAUCGACAGCUUCCCUUCAGACCACAAUGAUAGUGUUUCCAACUUUGGUGACAGCAUCAAGCUUACCGGUUCGACCAUGGUGUGCGGCUUGGCCCUGGCUUGGCAGCAGAUGACAGCCAUAUUGAUCAAGAGGUUCCAGCACAGCCGCAGAGACUGGAAGGGCCUGCUCUCCCAGAUCUUGCUUCCUGUUCUGUUCGUGGUGUUUGCUAUGGGCCUGGGCUCCAUCAAGAAAGACCUACAGCACUAUCCUGAGAUGGAGCUUAGCCCAGAACUUUACAAGUUCGGACCGAGCUACUCCUUCUUCAGUAACCAAAAUCCCAACUCCAGCCAGCUGAUGGAUGCCAUGAUGUCAUUCCCCGGGAUCGAUAACGCCUGCCUCGACAAGUCGGAUGACCCGGUCUGCACGAGAAGCACGGGCAAGUGGAGCUCCAGUGGGAACAGCUCCAGAGCAUUUAGUGCCUGUAAAUGCACGCAGCAGGAACAGGUUUGUCAAGGGGAAAACUUCCAGCCUCCCCAUAAGAAGAUCCCUUCAGCUCAGAUCGUGUACAACCUGAGCGGCCUCAACGUGGAGAACUACCUGGUGGCCACGGCGAACAAGUUCAUCAGGAACAGGUAUGGUGGCUUUGAUUUCGGCAUGCCGCUCCCUCCUGACUUGCAGAUGGACAUAUUAACGGUGCCUAAAAACCGCACUCUCUCUAAGGUCUGGUACAACCCUGAAGGCCACCACACAAUGCCGGCAUACUUAAACAGCAUGAGCAACUUAAUCCUACGCUCCAAACUGCCAGCUGACAAGGACCCACAUAAAUAUGCCAUAUCAGUUUCCAGUCACCCCUAUUUUGGCCGGGUGGAUGAUGAAGAUGUGAUCGUCCAGGGAAUGCUCCAACUCCUGGUGGCUAUAUGUGUGAUGACGGGUUACUCCAUUACGACGGCCAGCUUCGCCAUCUAUGAAGUCAGCGAGCACCACAGCGGCUCCAAGAGGCUGCAGCACAUCUCUGGCAUCAGCGAGCCCUUCUACUGGGCUGUGAACUUCUUUUAUGACAUGGUCAUGUAUCUGAUCCCCGUGACCCUGACUGUCGGUGUGUUCGCAGCCUUCCAGAUUCCAGCAUUCACAUAUCGGGAAAAUUUGGGUGCCAUCACCCUGCUUCUGGUGCUCUUUGGGUUCGCUACCUUCCCCUGGAUGUAUCUGUUGUCAGGCGUCUUCAGGAAUGCAGAGAUGGCCUUCAUCAGCUACAUGUGCAUCAACCUCUUCAUCAGCGUCAACACCAUCCUGUCCACCUCCGUUCUCUUCUUCCUGGGUCAAAUUGCGAUGCGCAACAAUGAGGUCAUCCAGGACAUCUUCAAGAAGCUGUGCUAUGCCUUCCACAUCUUCCCCCAGUUCAACUUUGGAAACGGGCUGAUGAAGCUGGCCAGGAUGAACAUCGAGGUCCAGAUCCUCAGCGGCUACGGUAUCGACGCCUACAUAAACCCAUUCUCCCUCGACGCCCUGGGCUGGAUGAUGAUCUCCUCCUUCAUCCAAGGCCUGGUUUUCUUCGUCCUGCGCCUGCUGCUCAACAAGUCACUCCUACGUAAAGUCAGGCAUCUGAUCUGUGGCAGAAAGACGGUGCCCCAGGUGUCUCCUGAGGACCAGGACGAGGACGUGGUGGCUGAGCACCUCCGGGUGUCCAGCGGAGCAGCCAGCUCAGACAUACUGCAGGUCAACCAGCUCACUAAGAUCUACCAGCAGUUCAAGAAGAAGGUCCAUGCUGUCAAGAGGAUCUCUGUGGGCAUCCCUGCAGGAGAGUGCUUUGGUCUGCUGGGAGUGAACGGAGCAGGAAAGACUACCACCUUCAAAAUGCUGACUGGAGACGUUAGCCCCACUGAUGGCACAGCACAGAUCAGGGACUGGGAUGGGCGGUUGGUAGACAUCAUGGAGUGUCGUAACCAGGGAAUCAACAUCGGCUACUGUCCUCAGGUGGAUGCACUGGACAAUCUGCUCACCGGGGAAGAGCACUUGUACUUCUACGGUCGCAUUCGAGGCAUCUCAAAGAGAGAGCUGGACGGGGUGGUGAAGUAUCUGCUGAAGAGGCUGGAGCUGCGCUACCACAGCAACAUCAUUACUGACGGCUACAGUUGCGGCACCCGCAGGAAGCUCUCCACUGCGCUGGCUCUCAUCGGGCAUCCACAAAUCCUGCUCCUGGAUGAGCCCAGCUCUGGCAUGGACCCUCGCACCAAGCGUCACCUGUGGAAAAUCAUCUCCGAAGAAGUGAGAGGAAAAUGUGCCGUGGUCCUCACCUCUCACAGCAUGGAGGAGUGUGAGGCACUGUGCAGCCGUCUUGCCAUCAUGGUUAAAGGACAGUUCUGUUGCCUCGGCUCCCUGCAGCACAUUAAGAACAGGUUCGGCAGCGGGUUCACUGUGAAGAUGUACUUGGCAGAGGCCUCCUGUGACACAGAGGCAAUCACUGGCUUCAUGCAGCGCCGGUUCCCCAGCACUUAUCUCAAGGACCAGCACUCCACGAUGGUGGAGUACCACGUACCAGUUGCUCUGGGAGGGGUGGCUGACAUCUUCGACCAGCUGGAGUCCAACAAAAAUGCUCUGCAGAUCAAACACUUCUCAGUCAGCCAGACCACACUGGACGAGGUCUUCAUCAACUUUGCCAUGGGAAAGAUUGGCAUGGAAGACAGACCAAGUCUCAGCGAUGAUGACAGUGAAGACCCGGGCUCUGUUAAGGCAGUAGAAACAUAGAGCUGACUGCCAUCUUUUCCUUUCCUGCUUUGUCUGUCUUUACUGUGAAAUGAAACACAGUAUAUGUUUAUACUAAAUAUGCACUUAUAAAUAAGAGUUGAAGCCAUCAAUAUUUCAGAAACAUGGAUCAUAUAUUAUAUAUAGGUGUCUUGACUGAUCAUAUGAAGGAUAUUUCAAACAUCUGUCAUUAGUGAAAUAAAAUAAUAAUGAAAAGCUGAUGACCACAUGCACAUUUACAUACAUGCACAGAUGGGGAAAAAACAGUAAAUUAAUUGAAGACUGGUGUUUGCCUUAAAUUCUGUUGGUUAUUGUUUCUCUCUGUGGUUGGGGCACACUACUCUUCUAUACAAUAGUCAAAUAUACUUUAUUUUGUAUUGAGAAUCAUUUUUAUUUGACCAUAAUGUUGACAAAUAUGAGAAAAAGUUACCUCAUCUUAAGGCACUCUACUUGUAUAACAUGUCUAAAAAAGUAUUUUUCUUUUCAGCAAAUGUACAUUGAUCUGCAUGCCUAUGGGAUGAAAUUUGACAAACAUAAUGAUAAUAUAAUGAUAAUAUUCACACUCAGAAGGAUACCCACUACAUGCACUUUCCACCCCUGCUCAUUAACAUUUCCUCAAAGGACAUGCCUAACCUUUAGAGCGAAUGUACCAAAUAUUUAUACAUCUCUUUCUUGCUUAUGGACCAGAUCCGAAUGUCUAGAAUGUAUCUAUGCUUUUUAUAUCAUUCUAAUAAAGCUAUUUUUCAAGUG